AUGUCCGCAUCACCAAGUCAGUGGCAUAACAGUUUAUUGGUUUUUCCUUCUCCACUGAAGGUUAGAGUAGAUUUCCUAGCUGCCGAUGGUAGAACUCUUGCAAGCUUAAGGCGUCCAUGCAUGUUGCAAUUUAGAAGCCUACCUAUCCACCUUUUGAUGACUUUUCUAAAAGUUGCUCCUAUUUUAGCUGGUUAUACAUCAGAAUCCCAGAAAUUGAACAUAAACCUCAGAGGAUUUAUUGAAGGUGCCAUGCCAACUGCCUGCUUAAAGGUGAUUAUUGAGCAACGAGCCGGAUUCCUUCUUGGUGCUGUUAUUCCUGAAAUAUAUGAAGCAUCUGUAUCCCUGGAGUUAGAACUUCCUUUGCUGUAA